GCGGACGGAGGGAAGGGCGAGACCCAGAGCUUCUAACACAGCCAGCCACAGCUCCUCCGCCAUUCAGUCAGACUGGUGUCGACUGAUCCUGGAAGGGCCAGAGCCGAACACUCGCGAAAACAGGAGCCCGUUGUCAUCUUCCAGCUGCAGCAGCUUUCUGCGAGUCUCCCCCUCUUCCACACCACAGCGACAACAUGCGUGAGAUUGUGCAUCUGCAGGCCGGACAGUGCGGGAACCAGAUUGGAGCGAAGUUCUGGGAGGUGAUCAGUGAUGAGCAUGGCAUCGACCCAACAGGAACGUACCAUGGAGACAGCGACCUGCAGCUGGACAGAAUCAAUGUCUACUAUAAUGAGGCUUCAGGUGGAAAGUACGUGCCGAGGGCCAUCUUAGUAGAUUUGGAGCCAGGCACUAUGGACUCUGUCCGCUCCGGGCCCUUUGGACAGAUCUUCAGACCAGAUAACUUUGUCUUUGGCCAAAGUGGAGCAGGUAACAACUGGGCGAAGGGCCACUACACAGAGGGAGCUGAGUUGGUGGAUUCCGUCCUGGAUGUGGUGAGGAAGGAGGCCGAGAGCUGCGACUGCCUGCAGGGCUUCCAGCUCACACACUCUCUGGGUGGUGGAACUGGCUCCGGCAUGGGGACUCUGCUCAUCAGCAAGAUCCGUGAGGAGUACCCCGAUCGUAUCAUGAACACCUUCAGUGUGGUGCCCUCUCCUAAGGUGUCAGACACGGUGGUGGAGCCCUACAACGCCACUCUGUCUGUCCACCAGCUGGUUGAGAACACAGACGAGACCUACUGCAUUGACAACGAGGCUCUGUACGACAUCUGCUUCCGCACCCUCAAACUCACCACGCCCACUUACGGAGACCUCAACCACCUGGUUUCCGCUACCAUGAGUGGGGUGACAACGUGCCUGCGCUUCCCUGGCCAGCUCAACGCUGACCUCCGCAAACUGGCCGUCAACAUGGUUCCCUUCCCUCGUCUUCACUUCUUCAUGCCCGGCUUCGCCCCGCUCACCAGCAGGGGUAGCCAGCAGUACAGGGCCCUCUCCGUGCCCGAACUCACUCAGCAGAUGUUCGACGCCAAGAACAUGAUGGCUGCCUGUGACCCCCGCCACGGCCGCUACCUGACCGUGGCCGCAGUGUUCCGCGGUCGCAUGUCCAUGAAGGAGGUGGACGAGCAGAUGCUGAACGUGCAGAACAAGAACAGCAGCUACUUCGUAGAGUGGAUCCCCAACAACGUCAAGACGGCCGUGUGUGACAUCCCACCCCGUGGCCUCAAGAUGGCCGCCACCUUCAUCGGCAACAGCACGGCCAUACAAGAGCUGUUCAAGCGCAUCUCCGAGCAGUUCACCGCCAUGUUCCGCCGCAAGGCCUUCCUCCACUGGUACACCGGCGAAGGUAUGGAUGAGAUGGAGUUCACUGAGGCAGAGAGCAACAUGAACGACUUGGUGUCCGAGUACCAGCAGUACCAGGACGCCACAGCCGAGGAGGGGGAAUUUGAGGAGGAAGGAGAGGAGGAGGCGGCCUAAGGCUAAACUCACCCAGCCUUCCUUUAUUCGUCACAACUCCAUCCAGCCAUCCAUCCAGCUUCCAGCUCUCUUUCCCUCAGUUUCUUUACACUACUGUCCUUUCCCGGUUCCAGUUUUCCCUUUCGUGCUCCACUCUCUUCUCUUGACAGCUCCCUCUCCUGCCAGAGAACGAUUCACAGACCCAUCGCAGUGCUAAUGUAGAGGUAGCUAACACCGGUGUGCUUGUGGUCUUUUGACAGUAGCUUUGUGUUAAUGUUCAUUAAUUAUCGUCAUCAGUUAAACAGCUCCAUACCCAGGCCACGUACUCAGUUCAUGCAAAUUGGAUCACCUGUCUUAUUUGACAUUAAAUAUAAUAAAUUUGUUGGAAAAAUG